AUGUCAGAGAAUCUUCUGGAAAUCAUCGAUACCAGGCUAGUGAGGCCGUAUAAAUACCCGAGGAUCGUGUACAAAGGGUUCCUGUUCCAUUACCACAAAAAAUGCAACCAUCACAUCCGAUGGAAAUGUAACCGUGUUUAUUCCACGAACUGCCAGGCUGUUCUUCGAACGACAAUAGAUAUGGAAAAACCAACACUUAUUAAAAUCGAUCACUUUCAUGAACACGACGAUGACGCUGAAUCAAUUAUUGAAUUAAAAUUGAAAAUAUUGGCACUCCGUUCAACGUCCCAGUUUCAGAAUAAUACCAUGUUUAAAUCAAAGAAUGGUUAUCUUGAAAUUAAAUUAAAUGAAGAGGAUAUAGCUCUUAACAAUAAAAUGCUUAAAUCAAAGAAUGAUUAUGCUGACAUUAAUAUUGAUCAAAAUGAUAAAGCUAAUAAACUUGUUAAGUUUUGUAAUUCUUAUAAUAAAAAGUUUUUUAUUCAUCCACUUGAUCCUGAACGCAAACAUAAAAACCCUGAUGAACGUGAACAAAUAAUCGAAAAUAAAAACAUAAAUGAUAUAAGUUUCGAUUAUGAAUGUCCAAAAACUAGAAUUACAAGAAAUACAAGUAAAAAAAAUAAAAAUUCUCAUCCUGAUGACGUACAUAGAUACACAGAUGAACGUGAACAAAUAAUCGAAAAUAAAAACAUAAAUGAUAUAAGUUUCGAUUAUGAAUGUCCAAAAAUUAGAACUACAAGAAAUACAAGUAAACAAAAUAAAAAUUCUCAUACUGAUGACGUACAUAGAUACACAGAUGAACGUGAACAAAUAAUCGAAAAUAAAAACAUAAAUGAUAUAAGUUUCGAUUAUGAAUGUCCAAAAAUUAGAACUACAAGAAAUACAAGUAAACAAAAUAAAAAUUCUCAUCCUGAUUACGAACAUAGAUACACAGAUGAACGUGAACAAAUAAUCGAAAAUAAAAACAUAAAUGAUAUAAGUUUCGAUUAUGAAUGUCCAAAAAUUAGAACUACAAGAAAUACAAGUAAACAAAAUAAAAAUUCUCAUCCUGAUUACGAACAUAGAUACACAGAUGAACCUGAACAAAUAAUCAAAAAUAAAAACAUAAAUGAUAUAAGUUUCGAUUUAGAAUGUCCAAAAAUUAGAAUUACAAGAAAUACAAGUAAACAAAAAAAGAAUUCUCAUCCUGAUGACGAACAUAGAUACACAGAUGAACCUGAACAAAUAAUCAAAAAUAAAAACAUAAAUGAUAUAAGUUUCGAUUUAGAUUGUCCCAAAAUUAGAAUUACAAGAAAUACAAUUAAACAAAAAAAAAAUUCUCAUCCUGAUGACGAACAUAGAUACACAGAUGAACCUGAACAAAUAAUCAAAAAUAAAAACAUAAAUGAUAUAAGUUUCGAUUUAGAAUGUCCAAAAAUUAGAGUUACAAGAAAUACAAUUAAACAAAAAAAAAUUGACAUGAAUAAUGUGGAAAAUGACUUAACAGAGAAUAGUAUUAGGUGUUCUUCUUUCAAUGACAAGAUCAAAGCUUUUAACAAAGCUCAUAAGAAAAAAUUGCCAAAAAAACAAAACUUGAUUGCCAUUAAGAAGAAGAAAAAUCACAAACAAAUGAAUGAAUGUACUUUGCUUACUCAUACAGAUACAGAAAAAAAUGCUUCGAAUACUAACACAGACAAAAAAAUAAAUAAUAAUACUAUUAAUACAAGCAAAGAAAAAAGUUCUUUGAUCAGUAAUAUAAACAAAGAUAAUAAUACUUUGACUAGUAGUAAUACGUAUGAAGAAAUAAAUCCAUCAACUAGUAUAACUCAUAAGGAAAAAAAUACGUUGACUUCUAAUAUUUCAACUAGCAAUGAACAUAACAAAAUAAAUAUGUUAACUACUAAUACUGAAACUAUCAAAGAAAAAAAUGCAUUGAUUAGUAAUAUAAAUAAAGAUGAAAAUACUUUAACAAUUAAUAUAAAUAAUGAUAAAAUUACUUUGAAUAGUAAUACACAUAAAGAAAAAAAUACAGAAAUUACUAAAAUUCUUAGGCACAAUAAAAAAAACUCAUUAACUAGUAAUACACAUGAAGAACUAAUUACGUUAAUUACUAAUACUCACACUCCCAAAGAAAAGAAUUCAUUGAAAAUUAAUAUAAAUAAAGAUAACAAGACAUUGACUAAUAAUAUAAACAAUAAUAUAAAUAAUUUGACUAGUGAUAUACAUCAAGAAUUAAUAAUUGUAACUACUAAUACUAUUCAAAAAGAAAAUAACCUAUUGAUUAGUAAUAUGAACAAUGAUAAAAAUACUUUGACUAGAUAUACACAUGAAGAAAUAAUUCUGUUAAGUACUAGUACUCAUAUUCACAAUGACAAAAAUUCAUUGAUUUGUAGUAUAAAUAAAGAUGAAAAUACUUUGACUAGUAAUAUAAACAAUGAUAAAAAUGCUUUGACUAGUACUACACAUGAAGAAAUAAUUCUGUUAAGUACUAAUACUCAUAAUCACAAUAACAAAAAUUCAUUGACUAGUAAUAUAAAUAAAGAUGAAAAUAUUUUGAUUAGUAAUAUAAAUGAAGAUAAAAAUACUUUGACUAGUAAUACACACGAAGAAAUAAUUCCAUUAACAAAUACUCAUACUAACAAAGAAAAAAAUACAUUGAUUAGUAAUAUAAAUAAAGAUGAAAAUACUUUGACUAGUAAUACAGAUGAAGAAAUAAUUCUGUUAACUACAAGAACUCAUACUAACAAAGAAAAAAUUGCAUUGAUUAGUUAUAUAAAUACAGAUGAAAAUACUUUGAUUAGUAAUAUAAAUGAAGAUAAAAAUACUUUGACUAGUAGUACACACGAAGAAAUAAUUCCAUUAACAAAUACUCAUACUAACAAAGAAAAAAAUGCAUUGAUUAGUAAUAUAAAUAGAGAUGAAAAUACUAUGAUUAGUAAUAUAAGUGAAGAUAAAAAUACUUUGACUAGUAAUACACACAAAGAAAUAAUUCUGUUAACUACAAAUACUCAUACAAACAAAGAAAAAAAUGCAUUUAUUAGUAAUAUAAAUAAAGAUGAAAAUACUUUGACUAAUCAUAUAAACAAUGAUAAAAAUACCUUGAAUAGUAAUAAACAUAAAGAAAUAAGUACGUUUACUACUAAUAUUCUUAAUCGCAAGAGAAAGCACUCAUUGAUUAGUAAUAUAAAUAAAGAUAAAAAUACUUUAACUAGUUAUACACAUAAAGAAACAAAUAAGUUAACUAUUAAUAUUCUUAAUCGCAAGAGAAAGCACUCAUUGAUUAGUAAUAUAAAUAAAGAUAAAAAUACUUUAACUAGUUAUACACAUAAAAAAACAAAUAAGUUAACUACUAAUAUUCUUAAUCGCAAGAGAAAGCACUCAUUGAUUAGUAAUAAAAAUAAAUAUAAAAAUACUUUAACUAGUUAUACACAUAAAGAAACAAAUAAGUUAACUACUUAUAUUCUUACUCGCAAGAGAAUUCACUCAUUGAUUAGUAAUAUAAAUACAGAUAAAAAUACUUUGACUAGUUAUGUAGACAAAGAUAAAAAUAAUGUUAUUAGUAAUUAUUUAAAUAAAAAAAUUAAAAUGUUAACUACUAAAAUUCUUGCUUGCAAGAGAAAGCACUCAUUGAUUAAUAGUAUACAUAAAGAUAAAAAUACUUUGACUAGUAAUGUAGACAAAGAUAAAAAUAAUGUUGUUUGUAAUUUAAAUACAAAAAUUAAUACGUUAACUACUAAUAUUCUUACUCGCAAGAAAAAGAACUCAUUGACUAGUAAUAUAAAUAAAAAUAAAAAUACUAUAACUACUAACAUACCUACAAUUUUAACAUCUAAAAUUAAUAUUACACCUUCAAUUAAAAGCUGUGUGACCAAGUGUAUUGGUGUUGAGGAUGAUACUAGAAAUAUUGACAACGAUAGCGAUCAAAAUCAUACAGACCAUCCUGAUGGAGAUCCUAACUAUGUGACCAAUGAUGUUAAUUUGGUGAAAGAUAGUAUGAUAUCUAUUUAUUGUAAAGCAAAUUGGCCAGAAAUUUUAAACAAAUUGAGUGAUCCUUUGAAAGGAAUUAAGGUGUUUGAAAGUAUUUUAUUUAACAAAGCGAAUGAACGUCUGAUACAUCUAUCUACUAAAACUAAAUUAGAUAUUGAAAGUUUGAAAGACAUUAAUGAUGCUUGGAAAAUGAAGUUUGAAUGUUUGGAAUUAAAAAUGAAAUCUUUUAUAGAAAGUACAAAAUGUGAUAUAAAUACAAGGCAUAACAGUAUUAAAAAUCAAAAUCAAAUGGACAUGACAUUAUAUAAAAAAAAUGGAGUUUUAGAGAAAAAAAACAAUUCGGACAUAAACCAAAAAGUUUUUACAGACUUACACAACAAUAUUACACCAGAAAACUUCAAAACUCCAAAAUUAUACCAUUAUUCUUUAAAUAGUGAAAACAGAAAUCGAACUGAAUCUGUUACAGAUAUUAAGAAAACUAAAUACAAAGAAAUCAAAAUGAAUAUAUCUACUACACAAGUAAUAGCAGAUUUGAUUAAGGAUAUUCCACUAAGUACAACAGUUUACAUAUUAGGCCCGGAAUUGUUAAAAAGUAACAAAAGAAAAUUAACCGAAUCUGACACAUGUAUUACAAAAGCUAAAGCUAAAAUAAUAAAAACUCAACAUUCUUCUAUUCCGAAUUUUGAUCAUAUGGUUCCUCAAGGUACAACAGUUUCAAGAAUAAGCUCAAAAUCAUUUUAUACUAAACAAAGCAAUUUAACUCAAUUUGAGUCUACUUUAGUGUCUACAAAUGUAUGUCCAAAUACACACAUUUUUACUCAAUAUGACCCAGAAAUUGAAAUAUCUAAAAUAAUUGAAUCCAAUAUGAUUAAUUACUACGGACCUUCUACUCCAGCAUCCAUUGAUACAACUGUAAACAAUCCACAGGUUAUAACAACUUCAGAAUUAUGCUAUUAUUCGUUAAGUAAUCAAAAAACAAUUUCGACACAAUAUAACACAGAUAUUAAGAAAACUAAACCAAAAAUAAUGGAGUCUACUCCCAAGUACACUGAUUUAACUGUAGACAGACCAUCAGAUAUGAGAGCUUCAAGCGUAAGCCCAAAUAUGUUAAAUGGUCAAUCAAGUUUGACUCAAUGCAAUACACAGCUUGAGUGUUAUGAACCUUCUACCUUAGCACCCAUUGAUAAAACUGUAAAUAUUCUACCAUUUAUGACAAGUUCAAGGUUAAGCAUUGAAAAAAAUAUAUUCACUGCAUAUAAUAAUGGUAUUAAUUUAAUUUCAUCUACUUCAAUGUCCACUGAUUUAAGAAGUAAUAUUCCAAUAUUUUCAAGUCCAUCUCUGAGGGCAAUUACUCCAAAUGGUAAUCCUGCUUUGCUUGGUAAACCAAAUAUAGAGGUACUUGUGGUUGACAAAAAUGCAAAACUUACGGCAAUACAUUCAAAUAGAAUAAAACGGGUAGAUUGGAAGAGCCCUCAAAACCUGAGGAUUGUUCCACAAGGUAUUUCUAUCCCGUCACCACUUGAAAGUGCUAUUCUUCCAGUUGCCGUAAAACGAGCAUUAAAACCUUAUUCGUCUCCACCAUCUCCACCGUCCAAUAUCCAAUAUCCAAUGUUAAAUAAGCUGCUUACAAGACCGACUAAUAAAAUUCUAAAACUGGAUGAAAGAAAUACAUUAAAUACACCCGCCAAUAAUCGAAUGAGAGCACCAUUACCACCAACUAAUACAAUUAUGAAAAUAGAUAAAAGAAGUUUUAUAUUAAAUACAUCCUCCAUUUCUGUCAAAAAAAGAAAAAAGGUACCAUCACUACCACCUCAUACAAUUAUGAAAAUAGAUAAAAGAAGUUUUAUAUUAAAUACACCCGCCAUUUCUGUCUAUAAUCAAAUGAACUCACCAUUACCUAAUGUUGCUUAUGAAAGCACUCAAAUAACAAAUACAAUCAAUUCCCUGGAGACUAUUCAAUCAAAUUAUUCACUCAAUCAACAUAAAGCACCACACCAAAUCAAACCUGUACCCACAGCUAUUCCAUUAUUACCUUCAGAAAUAAUCUAUGAUUAUUCAGACGGGGUAUAA